GAGUAAAUAAGGUACAGAAAAAUAAGGGAGAUGGAAGAAUGGAAUGAGAUUCAAAGCUUCAGCGCAACCGGAAGCGAGUUGUUGGUCAAGCAGGACUUCCCAGAACCUACUAACCUACAACUUGAUGGAGAUCGUGCCGAGGAUGUAGGGGAAAUGGGUGUACCUAUUGCUAGAAUGGUGUUUGAAUCCAUGCAGACUGCGAUAGAGUUCUAUAAGGCAUAUGGAAAGGUUAAGGGAUUUGGAGUUUCCAUUAGAAAUUCAACAUUAACAGCAGAUGGGACAUACCAACAUCUGAGACUGGUCUGUACAAGGGAAAGGUAUCCAAGGAGUAAGAAACGAAGGAAGGAGGGUUCAAUUUUUGCCUCCCAAAAGGCUGGAUGCAAAGCCUUUUUGUCUUUAGUUCGAUCAGGACAAGAAGAUGAGAAAUAUAUGGUAAACAUGGUGAUGUUAGAACACAGCCAUCAGCUCAGCCCCUUAAAAGGCAGGCAUUUCAGAUGCAAUAAGGGGAUUUCAUUGGGGGUGAGGAAAACACUUGAGAUGAAUGAUAAUGCAAGAAUAAGGGUGUGUAAUAACCACACAAGCAUAGUGCAGGAAGUUGGUGGUAUUGACAACAUGAGAUUUAACGAGCAAGACUGUCGAAAUUACUUCGAUCAGCAAAGACGGUUGCGAAUUGCUGAAGGUGAUGGGGAGGCCGUCCAAAGGUACUUUGAAGUCAUGAAAAGUCAAAGUCCAAACUACUUCAGCAAGAUAGAAGUGGAUGCGGACCAUCGUAUAAGCAGCUUGUUUUGGGUUGAUAGCCAGACCUUAGCAACAUACCAAUACUUCAAUGAUGUUGUUGCAUUUGAUACAACUUAUCUAACCAACAGGUAUGAUAUGCCAUUUGCUCCAUUUUGUGGAAUGAACCACGAUGGCCAAACAAUAAUGCUUGGUUGUGGGUUGAUAGCUAAUGAGAUUGUUGAAUCAUUUAUGUGGUUGUUUUUUACUUGGCCUGAGUGCAUGGGGGGCGUUAAACCAAAGGGGAUCAUCACGGAUCAGUGCAGAGCCAUAAGGAAAGCAGUGCAAAUGGUGUUUCUAGGAACAAGGCAUCGAUAGUGUUUGUGGCACAUAUGUCAAAAAUUUCCCCAAAAACUUGCAGCUUUGAGCACAUACAGGGAGGUGAAGAAAAGAUUCAUUCUCCAUGUUGCAUUGACAGACUAUAUGAUUAAUAUCAACAUGAGGGAGUUGUUGCAUCAAUUCCCUGCAAUCCAUAGGAAAAGAAGAUAGAGAAUGCUUAGGAGAGGGAGCGCUAGAAAUAAGCUGGAAGGCAAUAC